CCCUCAAUUCUCUAUCUCUAUUUAUAGAGAAUUCAUGUGCUUGGGAGCCCCUGAUGAUUAAUGAUUAAAUAAACCAAGAUUUUACCAUGACUGCAAUUUUAGAGAGACGUGAAAGCGAAAGCCUAUCUGGUCAUUUCUGUAACUGGAUAACCAGCACCGAAAACCGUCUUUAUAUUGGAUGGUUUGGUGUUUUGAUGAUCCCUACCUUAUUGACCGCAACUUCUGUAUUUAUUAUCGCUUUCAUUGCUGCCCCUCCGGUAGAUAUUGAUGGUAUUCGUGAACCUGUUUCUGGAUCUCUACUUUACGGAAACAAUAUUAUUUCUGGUGCCAUUAUUCCUACUUCUACAGCUAUAGGUUUGCACUUUUACCCAAUAUGGGAAGCGGAUUCUGUUGAUGAAUGGUUAUACAAUGGUGGUCCUUAUGAGCUAAUUGUUCUACACUUCUUACUUGGUGUAGCUUGUUAUAUGGGUCGUGAGUGGGAACUUAGUUUCAGUUACAUGAUAAGCAUGCUUGUAUGA